CUGCUCGUGUCGUCCGGUGCCGGUCGCCGUCACGUUGCCGCCACACUCCGUACCGAACCGACCGGCGGUGCGCAACGUGUUCACGACACACACACGAGCGCCCGGCAAACACGUACGCGACGCGUUUGGUCGUCUCCGUUUCGUACUGGACGACGUCUCUUGGACGUUUGCGGUCCGUGCGUACGCUACAAUAUUAAAUAAUAAUAAAAAAUAACCGGCGGUUAACGAGACGUGUCUGUGUGUGUGAUUUUUUAUUCUCGUCCAAUCCCCGACCACGGACGACGUUUGAAGAGAGCAAAACCGUCCUGCGACAGCAACAGAGGACGUGUGGAUUUACUCGUGUGCGUCCACGUUCCGCCGACCACACGCAAUCAAAGGCACUACUGUGUGCCGCGUUCACUGACCGUCAUCAGAGUGGGGGGCCAUGGCGAGAUGUUAAAUACGGCAUGUCGCGGCAAAGACCCUUUGCGGGACGACAACGGGUCGCCGUCCGCGGCGGCUGCUGUCGACGUAGACAGGUCUCUGUGGCUGCAGGCAUGCUGGAUCAGGCUGUGGGACCGUUGGGCGUGCGAACAGCGCAACCAGGUGCUGUACCAGGUGUACAUGAACCACGCGCUGUCUCGGGAACGGUCUAAGCUGACGUUGGCCGGCGGCCGAAUCGUGUCCAGCAGGACGCGCAAGGCCGGCGGCCGCGCGGCUUCGGCGUCCGGCCGACAUCAUCGCGGCGGCGGAGGAGGCGACGUGGUCGGUGUCUGCGAACUGCCGGCGGCCGUCGCCGUGGACGUGGGCGUCCGCGACUUUCGCAGCGUGGCGUCCGCGGUGGACAGGUUGCGCACGUCCGGCUGGUACUACGAGGGCACCGAGUCGCAGGCCCAGGCUAGCGCCAGGCUGUCGGCCAUGCCGGCCGGCUCGUUCUACGUGCGCGACUCCAGGCACUCCGGUCACCUGUUCACGUUGGACGUGCAGACGGCCGACGUGGGCCGGCUGAGCGUGCGGUUCACGUACACGGACGGCGUGUUCGGCUUGGAAUCAACGCCCAGGCCAUCCGGCGGCCUGCGCGUGCCCAAGUUCCGUUGUCCGCUCGAACUGAUCGACUACUACGUGCGGUUGUCCCGGGUCGACGAGUCCCGCCGGCUGCUGCCGUAUCCCGCGUGGACCAACCGGCGUCGCGGACACCGCGGCGUCUCGUGGAUGAAUCUGCAGCGGCCCAUGAUUAAGACUGACGCCGACGGGUUCCCGUCCCUGAUGCAUUUGGCCCGUUUAGUGAUCAACCGGAACAAGUGCAAGAUCACCAUCACGCCUACAUCACUACCAAACGAACUGGUCGAAUACGUGAUACAAUAUCCGCAUAGCCUGUGAUUCUCUAACGGUUAUAUUAUAAUACACAUCUAUUACAAUCUUCUUUCACUCCUCAUCACUUUUUAUUAAUAAUAAAUAUGGUAUACUAAUAAUUGUGUAAUAUUGCAAAGUUAUUAACGGUAGACAUUAUAGAUAAUGUUUUACAUUCGGCCACAUAUUAAAUAAAACCAGAUAGUGCAUUACUCCGUAAUAAAACAGUAGAUUUUCGAAUAACGAUUUUUCAUUGGUUUAAACUCAAUGCAGUAGGGCCAAAUUUUAGUGCAGAAAUUAUCGUACACACUAUUUACAAUAAUAACGUAAACUGGUAAGAAUCACCGAUAACAAGUAGUUGAUUAACAAGUUUCCCGGUAUUAACUUCGGUUGAUUAACGAUGGCUUUUGGGGACAACAGAAGAGUUAUUUUUUGGUCACACUGACCUGAGAUUAUUGGAGUUUUUUUUCACAUAUUUCGAUUUUUUUUUUUUAGAGUGCCCUAUCAGGUUUUAUUUAAUCAGUGAUUCGACCACAUCCGGAUAACAUCUGUGGACCGUAGAUUACCUCUAGAUAGUAGAUACCUGUUAUCUAUACCGCGGUAACGUCCCACGAUAUAGCGUAUACUUUAUUAAAUAACAUAUUGUUUUUUUCUCCUUUGAGGACUUAAAUUUUUAUGAUAAUAGAUAUUUUGUAUUAUCUACGCAAAACCAAAAGCUAAAAAUACAAAAAAAAAAAUUUUACUUAACUUUAUAUCUUUAGGCAAUACCAAUAACAACAAUUUAGACAAUUUAACGUGUGGAUUUUUAAUAUUUAAGUACCUAUUGCGCACUCAUAAUUUUCGACGAUUGUUAGUUUUUUUUUUCUCAAAAUAUAAAAUAUUACAAUAUUAUUAUAUAAUUAAUAUUAUUAUUAUUAUUAUUAUUGUAUUACGUUAGAAAUCAUUUUAAGCGUGCACAAUUUAUUAUUCCUAUUUAUUAUUACUUAUUAUACACGAUUUUUUUUUAUUGUUCUUAUCUUUUACUUGUAUUGAUGUUUUUUUUUUCUUUCAAAU